AUGUCACCAGUCUGUAGUCCAGUAUGUUCAGGCAUCAGAAGGUUCGCACUGUGUAUUCUCCUUUUAUCAGGGCUGUGUUCAUGCCUUCAUCAUUACCACUUUAUUGCUGAACCAAAGACAUGGGACGAAGCACAGGAGUACUGCCGGAAAAAGUACACUGACCUGGCCACUGUAGACAACAUGACGGACAUGGAGCAGCUGAUCGCAGCUGCAGGCCCUGGUUACGAGGGAAAAGUGUGGAUAGGCCUGCGUGACUUCCACUUGAGCUGGGGGUGGUCAAUGUAUAAUGGAAGCCUCUAUAGGGGGAAUGACUGGAACUUUAGGAAGUGGAGCCCAGGUGAACCAAAUGACAUAAGACGUGGGGAGCUGUGCGUGGUCAUCCGGCAAGGUGUCUGGUAUGAUUACCAAUGCAAUAUGCCUUUCCCCUUUGUCUGCUAUGACAUGAAAAAUAUACAUGACUUGCCACCCACCGCCGUUGAGAGAUAUUUCUUUAUAAACACGGACAAGUCAUGGUACGAAGCUCAGGUCUACUGCAGAAUGCAACACACAGACCUGGCCAGUGUGAGGAAUGAAACUGAGAAUGAGUCGAUCCAGCAGGUGGUACCGACUAACCAGCCAACUGCGAUCGGUCUGAACAGACACACCUGGAUCUGGUGGUCAGAUGGCGCUUCCUCCCUAUUCACACACUGGGACAAUGGGCACCCACGGCCUGAUACCGGGAACUGUGCUGCUAGUGUUAUUGACGAUACUCACCUUGGAAAGUGGGUGGAAAACGACUGUCAGGAAAACCUCCAUUUCAUGUGCCACAACAAGAAGAAGCAGAUGUUUUACUUUAAACUGACAGCACUGAAGUCCACAGUGGACCUGAAUGACCCUGAUGUGACGGCGGCCAUCUUGAAUCAGUUUGAAGAGAAGAUGAAAAACAAAGGGAUUUCGAGAGAUGUCAAAAUUGCAUGGAACAAAAAGCCUGAGGAAAACGUCUUUCACAAGCAAGAAAAGAGUGGAAAUUAAUCAGUACUGACAUAAGCUAAUUUUUUUUUAUAGUGAUGUAAAACUUAACUUUACACAGAUUGGUAAAUGUCCCUUUUUAGCUGGAUUUAUGCUUUUAAAUAUUUAAACAUCAUAGAAAAUAGAUAUGAAUUGACAGCCAAUAUCCAGGAAAGAAGUGUGUAAGAUAUAAGAUAUAUGGUAUGUCUUGUUGUAUGAUUAUGUUGUUUUUACUGUUAUAUCUUAGCAGCAUAGAUUCCACCAGCCUGUCUCUGUGGUCAGACAGACACGUAUCUGUCCUUUGUGUCAAACCUGCAAACACACCUGUAAUCAUAUGUUGAUUAGUUUGUUUCACGUGCAGUAGGAAUUUUGUUUUACAGUUACUCUUACUCUCAGUGUGUGGAAAAAUGAAAUGAAAAGACUAAAACCAACAACAAAAAGCCUCUAAAUGAAAUGUCAGAGCUCAUUUAA